GCCCGCAGCACAAUCAGUCUCCGAGUGCCUGCCGACCGUCGUAGUGUGGUGUUUACGCGCGCGCGCGCGUUAAUCUGAGUGUGUAUAAAUUGUUGCGGUUCGCGUCGUGUUAUUCGGUAUACGAUAAUAGUAAUAGUAAUAUAGUAUAAUAUCGUAUUAUAAUAUAUAUAUUUUAUUUUUAUAAAUUUUUCAUUUUGCGUGUGUUGCGUGCGCUAAUGUCGGGUGUGCGUGCGUGUGUUUUUCGAGUGCGCGUGUGACGAUUGCGAAUAAAAAAAUUCGUAUCGGUGGUAAAUUUUUGUAGAAAUUUUUUUCUCGCAAUAACAUACGGUUCGAUCGCACCAUGCCCGUUCGUUGAUGUCUCUUUUCGGCGAUCGCACAUCGCAAAUGGUGUCCGAGCGGUGACGGCGAUCGAGCGCGUUUUUCUUGCGUUCUCACACCGCGCCCCUUCGCGCCCGCGAGUACGACAACCGUAUCCCCGAGCAACGCGCCCGCCCCCCCGGCACGGUCAUGGCUUUAACGUCCGCCGCGGUGCUCGUAAGCUCGGUUCUGCUGGUCAUGUCGGCGUCGCUGAGUAAAACGCUCCGGCACAAGCCGCCCAACGAGUGUGAGUGGCUCGCCGUGACAGCGUACGGCGACGAGACGAUCGCAUCGCAGACUGUGUCCGACGAACAGGAGGUGGCCCUGCACUGCCGAGUGCGGACCAUGAACUCCGAGCUGGAAAAGACCAAUUUUAGCAUAAUACAGCCUCAGUACACGGUUAAGCUUAAGAUCGAGUGCAACUCGCAGCUGUAUCUGCUCAGCUCGCUGGGCACGGGCACGUUUCAGACGCUCAUCGAUCUCCGUGAGCUGACGAUCGACUCGUGCAAGCUCAACAGCUUGGGCCGCGAGUCGUUCCGUGGUCUCCGGCAGUUGCGCAAUCUCACUGUGGUCACGCACAACAACGACUGGACCUCAGUCAACAUGGAAGUGCAGCCCGACACGUUCCUCGAGGAGCUCAACAUGCUCGAGCGGCUCGACUUGAGUCACAACAAUAUUGCUAAGCUGCCGGAGGGCGUGUUCUGCUCACUGCAAAAUCUCGUCUACCUAAACCUCACCCGUAACCGUCUCCGGCAUCUCGAACUUUUUCAUUUCGGGUCGUCUGGACAGCAUAAGUGCGGCGCCAACCUCCAGGUGCUCGACCUGUCCUACAAUAACUUCGACUCGAUCAACUCGCAAGUUUUCUCGCACCUGACCAACUUGCAGGACUUGCACUUGCAGGGCAACGUGAUAUCGGUGAUCGGCGAUCACGGCUUUGACGGCUUGUCCGCUCUGUCCGUGCUCAACAUCGCCUCUAACCGGCUGGUCAAUCUGGCGCCCGAGUUGUUCGCGGACACCCGCGACUUGCGCGAGAUGUACCUGCAGAAUAACACCAUCAAUGUGCUCGCACCCGGAUUGUUCAACGAACUGUCUCGGUUGUUGGUACUUGACCUGUCCGAAAACCAGCUGACUGAGGAAUGGGUGAACGCGGCUACGUUUACCGGUCUCGUGCGCCUUGUGUUUUUGAGCAUGUCCAAUAACAACAUAACUAAAUUGGAUGCGAUGAUAUUUCGAGAUUUGUACCGGCUCCGAUCGUUACGACUGGAUAAUAACGGUGUUCAGUACUUGCCGGAGAACGUGUUUUCGUCGCUGAUAGACAUGAGAACGUUGGUGCUUUCCAGCAACAAAUUGACCAGAAUCGAUCAGUUCACGUUCGACGGUCUGCCCUCAUUAAACCAACUAUCGCUCGAUAACAAUCAAAUACAGUACAUCGAUCCGGAGGCGUUGAGGAACUCUACCGAUUUGGAAUACUUGCACCUCAAUGGAAACAAACUGUACGACAUACCGGCGGUCCUCAAUAAUAUUCCUAAUCUCAAAACGUUGGACUUAGGCUACAAUCAGAUCACCGAUAUAUUCAACACGUCGUUUCCGGCCAUGAGUCAGCUGAUCGGGUUAAAACUGUUGAAAAAUCAAAUAUCAAAUGUUUCUAAGGGUGUUUUUGAUAGAUUACCGGAACUUCAUCUUAUAAACCUCGCCAAUAAUAAAAUCCAAAAAAUAGAGGCCGGUACUUUCGAUAACAACACAAGACUGGUUGCGGUCAGAGUGGACGGAAAUUAUUUACGGGACGUCGGCGGUUUAUUUUCCAAACUGUCGAAUCUUGUGUGGCUAAACAUAUCGGAAAACUUCUUGGAAUGGUUCGACUACGCUCUGAUACCAACAGGUUUACAGUGGUUAGACAUACACGGCAAUCAAAUCACCGAACUUGGAAAUCACUAUGAAUUGGAAACGCAACUGACCGGAUUUGACGCCAGUAACAAUAAAUUGACUGAAGUGACUGGUAGUUCAAUCCCGGAUAAAGUUCAAAAUCUCUAUCUGUCCAAUAAUCAAAUUUCCAAAAUACAAUCGUACGCAUUUUUCAAAAAGCCGAAUCUCACGCAAGUAGACCUGACCGGAAAUCGUUUGAAAACAUUGAACCCGCAAUCGCUAAGGAUAUCUACGGUUCCGGCGGGUCGUGCUAUGCCACAGUUUUUAGUCGGCAACAAUCCGUUCGUGUGCGACUGUUCGAUGCAAUGGCUGCAAGCGUAUAGUGUCGAACCCGAUAGGAAUAAACCUAAACUAGUCGACUUGGAAACGGCCACGUGCGAGGUUAUCUACAACCGGGGUGAAUCAAGGGUACUGCUGAAAGAAGCGUCGGAAGAACAGUUUUUGUGCCAAUACGAUAUGGAGUGCGCGAAACGUAGUACGUGCGAUUGUUGCGAUUUCGACGCAUGCGAUUGCAAAAUGAUAUGCCCGACCAACUGCACGUGUUUCCACAGCGUUAGCUCCACGUCGAACGUGGUCGACUGUUCGAGUGCUGGUUACAUAAACAGAGUGCCGGAAAAAAUACCGAUGAACACCACGGUUUUAUAUUUGGACGGCAAUACCAUCAAGACGUUGAGCACACACACAUUUUUGGGCCGAAAGAUCUUAAAAGUUCUCUACUUGAAUUCGUCGAACGUGGAGCGCGUGCAAAACCGGACAUUCCACGGACUCAAGGAACUAGAAGUGCUACACUUGGACGACAACCGUAUAUCCACGUUAUACGGUGAUGAGUUUUACGGGCUUGACAAGCUUAAAGAGCUCUAUUUAAACCACAAUCGUAUAACGUACAUAAACAGCACGACGUUCCGUUUUCUGCAACAGCUGACCAUACUUCGGUUGGACCACAACCGAAUAGCUCAAUUUCCAGUGUGGAGACUGUCGCCGACGCUUACACAUUUGACGCUCGCAGAAAACCAAUGGAGUUGCGCGUGCGAUUUCGUUCAACAAAUGAAAGAGUUCCUACAAUACGCGGCCGACGCGGUGGUGGACGCCGAACAGGUCCGCUGCCUCGACCAUUCGGGCGGGUACAAUAUAUUCAGCGACAACGGCACAGUUUGUGGACCUACAACUCCUUCGUCGGUGGAAAAGCCGUUGAACACGUCGUCGAACACCAUCGAAGGAGCUCUCAACGCCGGUAACCUGACCGUGCCGACCAAGACCAUAAUCCAAAGGCCGGACAUUCAGGAUUACAUACCGAUUCUGAUAGUUUCGUUUUCGGCUGUGUUUUUCAUAAUCGUCGCCGCCAUGAUGGUGUAUGUUUUCCGACACGAAAUGAAAGUUUGGUGUCACUCGAGAUUCGGCGUUCGAAUAUUCUGCAAAAGCACCGAAUUUGAAAUGGACGAGCGGGACAAGUUAUUCGACGCGUUUGUCAGCUACAGUUCCAAAGACGAGGCGUUCGUUAUCGAGGAAUUGGCGCCGAUAUUGGAAAAUGGUGACCCGUCGUAUAAGUUGUGUCUGCACUACAGAGAGUUUCCGGCCGGUGGUUACAUAUCCGACACAAUCGUGCAGGCGGUCGAAUCGUCCAAACGUACGAUAAUGGUGCUAUCGGAGAACUUUAUCAAGUCGGAGUGGUGCCGGUUCGAAUUUAAAUCCGCACAUCAUCAAGUUCUCCGAGACAAGAGGAAGAGACUGAUCGUUAUACUACUGGGAGAGGUGCCCAACAAGGACUUGGAUCCGGACAUCCGACUCUACCUCAAGACUAAUUCAUAUCUGCAGUGGGGCGACAAACAUUUCUGGGAGAAGUUGAAAUUCGCACUUCCGGACGUCCCUAACAACCAAAGGCCGAAAGCAAUCAAUCACAAACAUCACCACCACCAUCAUCACCAUCACAGAGGGGUACACAACAACUACUCAAGACCGCUUGCCAUACAUAUAUAGUACACGGUAUGAAAAUUCAUAACUUAUCUUGCCUAAUUAUUAAAUUUGUGAUAUUAGAUAGUGACUAUUUUGUAAUAAAAAUAAAAACAAAAAACAAAUAUUUGUACAGUGUAUAUAAGGCUUAAAUGCCUACCACUCCUGCAUAAUUAUUAAUUAUUGUAUUUAUACGAUUAAGUUUAAGAUGUUUCUUUUAUAACCUUUUUUUAAACUUUUCUUUUUUUUUUGUGUAAAAUAAAAUGUAAAGACCAUGAAUAAAAUGUCCUCCCAGUCAUUACUAUUAGGUUAAAAUUAUUAUUUCUUGAAUUUCAACGUGUUUUAGCCCUUUAAUAAAUAUGUGUUAAAUUAAUUUAACUCUUUGAACGCAAAUUUGUGUGUAUUUUUUUAACUAUAUUAAUUAAUGUUUAAUAAAAAAAAUUUUAUUUCAAGUGAAAAAAUGUGCAUACAAAAGUAUACAAAUUAAAUUUUAAAAAAGAAAGUUGCCAUGUACGCAUAAGCUAGUUUGCAGACAAAGAGUUAAAUGUCGAUUUUUGAGAUAUAUCGCGGGGUUAGUUACCUAGUCUAAGAAAUAUCUUGUACGUUUGGUAGUAUUAUAUUUAUAACUUACUAUUAACCCGAUUUAUUGUAAAAUCUACGUUUUGAUUAAAAACGUGAACUAAAAACAAUGCCAUUUUUACUAUUGUUUUUUAUAUAUAUUAUUAUUAUUUUUAUUUAUUUUCUUACAAUGAAGACUAUAAACUUCUAGGUACUAGAACAUUGUUGUGAUAUAUUUUUGUUAAUUUAAUUGACUGGUACUCAAAAAAAUAUCGAGAACCCAGCGAAUAAUAAAAAAAAAACAUAAAAUUUAA